GCAAGGGACUUCCUGGCAACUGUUCUACCUACAUCACAUAAGCCUAGUAACGGUCAAACAAUUUGGUUUUUACGGUCAGGUACAUCACUUCUUAGCUUUAGACACUCUCACUGGAGGAGAAGAGUUUAAAAUUGUAACAAGAUUUCAUUUGAGAAGCUUUGUUUAUCCAUUUACUAAACCUAGGCCCAUUUGGUGGAAAUGUGCAAAGGUUGUAGUAGUCAGUGUUACAGCAGUUGUGGUAACAGCAUGCCAUUGCACUAGCAGUGAAGCAAAGUUUUUCUUUUUCUGGAUGUCAUCACCCUGACAGGGACAACAUCUUCACAGAGCUCAGUCACUUUCAUCAUAUUCAGCAAUCUUGGGGAAACGGCCAGGUUUCCCACCUGCUUACCAUCUCUCAUCUUAUUCAGAAGACCUUCAGCUUUCUGUGUCUUGCCAAGUGUCACAGGCUGUGACAACUACAGCUCAGGGGACUGUGUGGCCACCACCAGCUGCAAAGAACUAAUUUGCUGGAGGAACAAAAGACAUGCCACACGAGAUGGCUCAUCAUACGUGGUUGUACGAGGUCCUGGGAGAACUGCAGCAGCAUUCUACAGUCAUAGGGAAAGUAUGGCUCACAGCCCUGUUCAUCAUCCGUGUUCUGGUCUUGGGAAUUACAGCCGAGUAUACUUGGAAGGAUGAGCAGUCAGAGUUCAGCUGCGAUACACUGCAACCAGGUUGUAAAAAUGUGUGCUUUGACAAGGUCUUUCCAAUUUCUCAUGUGAGAUACUGGAUCCUGCAGAUUAUAUUUGUCUCAAUACCAACUCUCCUUUAUACUGGGCAUAUCAUACAUACAAUCCAGAAGGAACAGCAAAGGAAACGGAAGGUGUUGUCAUCAACAUAUAAAGGUAGCAAUAUUGCAAAGUCUUCUCAACAAACAAACACAUACCAGGAAGAUAACAUGGAGCUGUCUUACAAUGAUGAGAUUCAUGGUCACUACAAAGUACAAGGUUUAUUGCUGGAAACCUAUAUCUCUAGUAUUUUGUUUCGAAUUGUAUUAGAAAUGGGUUUUGUCAUAGGCCAGUACAAGCUAUAUGGUAUAUUCCUCCAAGCCUUGUAUGUCUGCAAGCACUGGCCAUGCCCACAGCCAGUAAACUGUUUUGUUUCAAGACCAACAGAAAAAAACAUUUAUAUUGUUAUCAUGUUGGGAGCAGCAGGUUUAUCUCUGUUUCUGAGCCUUGCUGAAAUACUUUACCUGGGAAAUAAAAGGUUGGCAAAAUACCUAAAUAAAACUUUGAGAGCUUCGCCAAAGGCUACAUUAGAAGACAGAUGGUCAAAAGAGCUGAAAUUGCAAAACAGCCCACAAGGAAACUAUGCAUCACUCUUUUACAUAACCCCUAAUAUGGAAAUCCCUAAUCCACAGAGAAACAAACUGAUCUCCUCACAAAUAUCUGACAACUUUGCAGAAGAGCAACAUCAAACUUCUAGGGAGCCAGAAAAUGAGCACAACAUUAACAUGAAUUACGCACAGAACUGCUCGACUGCCCAACUUGCCACAGAACGAUAUUACAAAGAAAAACACCACGUCAACAGGACUAGUGGUUUGAGUAGCCGGACAAGAUCUGAUGACCUAGCAGUGUAGCUCUGGAUAGAUUUUUAAUAUAAACUGUUAACUGUGUGCUGGAGGAACAGAGGAAAAAAUAAUGCUUCAAGCUACCAAAGGUGCACAUUUUCCCAUAAAAAUUGCUUCUAACAGACCCUACAUUUCUUUAUAUCUCCAGACGUUCAGAGAGAGAGCAAACAGUCUGCUGAAAAAAUGUCCAAUAUGCAGUGACAUUUCCAGAGUUUUACAUAAUCUAUAUGUCAUACAUAACGCAUAUCAGAAGGUUAAUAGAAAGUACACCUAGAAAGGUUAGUUGCUGCUCACCGAUAUGUUCUGAACUACUCGACUGCUGACAUUACAGUCCUGUGGAGUAAGGCCCCAUGUUUAUAACAGGACAUUAAAAUGAUUUCCUUUCUAUACACUAAAUAGCAGUAUUACAGUUCAGUUAAAUAGCUUCUUAUCUAAAAAGAUGUUUGCAAAUAAUGUCAAAGAAUAUGACUAUCCACCUUGUGCAGUUUUCCCUAUAGCUGCAGAUCCUGAUUGAAUUCUGGGUCAAUGUCCUCUCUCUCUCACUUUUGACAGACUUUUCUUAUUGUGCUGAAGUAUUUUUUUGCUCUGUCUCUUCCCUGACAGCAAGAGCAGUAAUAUUUGAGUAUUAAUAUGAUAUAAUUCUCGUUCCAUGAGUUCAGCGUCUGUGAAUUAUACUUGAGAUUAGCAAGUCAUGUUCCAGACAUUACAACAAUUCUAGUUUUAUUCAUUAUUUUAAGAUUAAUUAGCCAGGUAAAAAUUCAGAACUAAACACACAUGCUCUCAUUCCUACUCCAAAAAAACACAAUACUUUCUCACACUCAUCACCAAACUCCAACAUCUCUAUCACUAUUUUAACACCAGGCUCACCAUAAGUGGGGACAUCCACCCCAACACAGCUCCAAAUCCAUCCUGUCCAACACAAACUGUUCCAACGCAAUUGUCAUAACAUAAUACCCCCACUAUCUUCAUCCCUGGGCAAAUUAACAGCAGCAGUAAGAUGAACCAUCUUUUAAUGCUAAAUAUUAAUAUUAGAAGUAUCAAAAAUAAAAUACCUGAACUCUAGGCCGCAAUAGCACACCACUCCCCAGAUAUAGUUGCUUUAACAGAAACCUGGCUAAAUAAAAACAUAGCUAACUCAAAUGUUCUCCCUACUGGCUACAAUAUCA